CACAGGCGUUAUGCACCCUCAACAGUCAACUCUAAAGACACAACGACACCAUCUUCGACGUCGUAUACUCGUUCGACAGAACACGACGAUCGAUCAAUUGUACACGCCGAGAUUCAGAUAACGAGAAAAGCCAAGGGAUGAAAUCUUAGCGUAGUUCGUCGAUGACGGACGCUCGUUCGGCUGCGCUUGUGCUGUCACACUUCAGCUAGAACACAAAACUUUCUCGUCACAGCUUAAUCUAUUAUCCCUCGCUGAAUUUCGUUCGGCACCUCUAUCCUUGCGUUCCGUUUACCAGAUCCCGACCGAAUUCCGGUAGCAUUGAGGGCUCCAGUAGUGGAUGAGGUGUGCACAAAUAUUUUUUAAUAUUAAAAUUACUUUUCUCUUCUUCUUUGAUUUUUCAUUCCAUUGAAUAGUUACGACUUUCGAUAUGUUCUUAUGACCCUGUUGAGUCUUGCCAACAUAAUAUGCAAGCAGAACCCAAAAGGAACUGUCUGAGCCCCCUUCCUCCUCCCAAAAGCAAAAGCAAGAGUCAUGACUUCCAGACAUGCCUAAGGACUGAGAGGUUGAGCCCAUGGACUGUACAGCUGCUAGAAAAACUCAAAAGGCUGACAGAGAAAAAUUGAGGAGGGACCGGCUCAAUGAACAGUUUGUAGAAUUGGGUAGCAUUUUAGAUCCUGAUAGGCCCAAAAAUGACAAAGCAACCAUUCUUGUUGAUACAAUCCAAUUGCUGAAGGACCUUACUGCGCAAGUUAGUAAACUCAAAGAGGAAUAUGCAAUGCUGACUGAAGAAUCCCAAGAGUUGACUCAGGAGAAAAAUGAUCUUAGGGAAGAGAAGGCCUCUCUUAAAUCAGACAUUGAGAGCUUGAAUAACCAAUACCAGCAGCGUCUCAGGACUACUUUCCCUUGGACUGCAAUGGAUCACUCAGUUAUGAUGGCUCCACCUUCAUAUCCAUAUCCAGUGCCAGUGCCAGUGGCAAUCCCUCCUGGUCCAAUUCCUAUGCAUCCACCCAUGCAGCCAUACCCCUUCUUUGCAAAUCAAAAUCCUGGGGUCAUCCCAAAUCCGCGUUCAACCUUUGUUCCUUAUCCGGCCCCUAAUGCUCUUGUUGAACAUCAGUCCGCGCAAUAUGUAACCCUCCCACUUCCUCCAGGUAACCAUUCCCAUGCACCAGGAACACAAGAUUCCAGAAACAAAUCAUCCAGGGAGAGCAAGGUUGAAAAUGAUGAAUGUGCUAAUGAUGUCACCACAGACCUGGAGUUGAAAACUCCUGGAUCUACGACAGAUCAGGAGUUUUCAUCUGGGAAACGAAAAUCCAGCAGGUUGUCCAAGAAGGAAAGCGGUUACACAGAAGGGAGUUCAUCUGGCAGGUGUUCUUCCUCUCAUAGCUUACAGGAUAGCUCAUCAAGUAGCGUAAUUGGGAGCAGAAAAGCUGAUGAAUGAGGAGAUUCAAUUUUACAGAAAGUGCUCGUGCUUUUUGAAUAUAAUCUGAGGCUUUUCUUUCUGCUUUCAUUCUUACAAAGGUUUGCAAGCAAGUGUUCCUGGGACUAGGUUGCUUUGGUUCUCUAUUACUGGCUGCGAAGGUCUUAGAAGCAGUCGUAAGAGGAAUCACGUUUUACUCUUGCAUCAAGAGUUCAAGACCUACUUAAGGUUCAGGAGUGUUAUGUUGCAUUUUAAAUUCCAUGCGGCACGUUCGUAGUCAGGCCUUUGUUCAAAGAUAAACUGUAGGGUCUCCAAGUUCUAAAUGCUACCUAACUUCGAAUCAGAAGAAGCGUGACUGGUUCAAUUGUUAUAUUUCCUGGGUCUUGUAUAAAAUUGGAAUUUCAUUUCAAUUGCAGUAUAACUAGUAAUUUGAUUGCUACGGAUAUAUGGUUUCAUAAAUUCUGAAUA